AUGAAUAACUGUGAGAUUCUUUCUAAACAAACGGUUACAGUUUUUAUUUACUUACAAAGAGAUAAUUUUCUUCUCUACGGCUUUUUUUCUUUUUCAGUGAAUUUCAUUCUUCUCUUCUACAAAUAUCAAUCAAUUGAAACAAAAUGUCAGUUUUCCGAAAAUUCCAUUCUGAAACCAAAUCAACUAUGGUGGACACAUGAUGGUCAACGUUUACCGCCUGUCUCUUUCAAUCUGAAUGAUUACUUACGUAAAUUUGUUAUAAAACAAGGUUUUGAUUUAACUGCUGCCUCUGAAGGAUGGAAUCAAAUGCUUGUAUCAUCAAACACUGAUUUAUUAUGGAUACAACAAUUGUGUUUACAUGCAUAUGUGAAACAUUUCAGUGAGAAACAAGAUGCAUUCAGAUCAUCAUCGCCACCAUUAUCCAUAGGAAGAAAGAGAUUUAUUCAAUUGCCACCACUAUUUAACGGUCUGAUGGCAUUCGACGAAAAUGACUGGUGUAGUCGCAAUACACUAGCAUGGAAUUCGGAUGAAGAAUUCAAUCAGUCAAAUGACACCUUUGUACAUAUUAUACAUUAUAGUAUUCAAUGUGAAAAGAUUAUUUAUCGUAAACAUUAUAAAUUCAUUGUACAGUUAGAUAUAACCAAUUCAAGACCAGUUUAUCAAUGUUUACAAUUUAAACCGGUUAAUAAAAAUGAUCCAACGAAAAUCAUCAAUGUUCUACAAACUUCACUUUCGAAAAAUUUGAAUGAUUUAUUUAUUCCAUGUCCAUUUGUUGGUGGAUUUCAAAUAACAAGUUUAAGUCAACUCAAUUCGGAAAAACCUGUUUGUGAUUAUCAAACAUUCGCAACAAUGGAAAGUGAUUGUUUUAUUAAUGAAGGAAUUGAAUGGAAUUUUGACGAUCCAAAGUGUAAUAUAUUUGAAGUCAAUAGCAUCAGUCAUCACAGUUGUUACGCUUAUUGGAAAAAAGACGGUUUAACCUAUACAAUACUGCACCAAGAUCGUAAAGAUGAUGGGUAUAGUAUCUUUACAAUGGUGUUCUCAGAUAUUCCGGAACCUUUAAGCCCAUCAGAUUCUACUUAUGGUCAAAGUAAGCCCUUAUGGAUUUAUCCAGGUUUAUCUUCAAAAUAUUAUCAAAAUAGCUCUUUAUUAUUGGAUUCAGAUAGCCAACACUACGAUACAGCAAUUACUAAAAACUGGAAUGAUCAAGGAACUUACGGCAGUCUUGUGUAUCAACUUCAAAUACGUCGUGCUUUUGGAAUAUGCGAUGAUGAACCAACUAGCUGUACAAAAGGAUGCGAUCAUGAUAUACGAAAUCGAUUAUUUUGUUAUAAAACCUGCCCGGUGGAUGAGAAAAAAUGUAAGUCUUCACAAUGGGAUUCAUGUUCAUUUAAACAAAACUAUCAAGGUCACUGGAAUUUCAUUGAAUCAACAUCAAACAAAAAAUAUUCUCUUUCUGAAUCGAAUAAAUCUAAAUGGACUAGUCUUAUUUUUGGUGAAAAUUAUCUUAUUUUCAUGGGUGAAACAAAUGAAUCUUAUUUGUGUAUUCGAGAAGUACGUGAAGCUAUUCAAGAUUGGUUUAUAAUUCGAUCAAGAAAACAAGCUAAUGGAUGUCAACCUAGAGAUGUUUGUCUGGAGUUGUUUCAAAGUGGUAUUCGACGUUCACUUGAUUUGUAUAACACGAACACAAUGGAAUUUCGAUUAUCACCAAGCAAAAAAUAUGGAUCCGAUGUUAAAACAUUAUGCAACUUUGAAUCGCAAUCAUUCAAUUUAAAUAACAAACCGAAAGAACCCUCUACUGCACUUAUAUUAGUCAGAAAUAUUGAACCAUUUCAAAUGUCAAAUCCAUACAGUGAUCCCCCGGUAAAAUGUGGUCUGUACCAAAUACGACUUGUUGGGACAAUGAAUAUCAAUACUGAUUAUUUAAUGCGUAAAUGGAAAUUGACUGGAGUUAGUCACUCAGCCAGCAAUGGUUAUGAACGAUUUCAAACAUUGAGUAACAAUAUGAAUUCCCAAUACUAUGAUCAACUUGUAGAUACGCUGCAUGAUCAGUCAUCUACAAAAUGGAAAUAUGAUUAUUCAGGGCAUAGAAUCAGUCGUUAUAAAAAGUCACCAUCAUAUAAGUUAGUCAGAAAUACCGAUUUCAUGUACACUCAUCAUAGUAAGGCAUCGCAGAUGUUUGUUUCAUGUCAUAUUGAAUUGAGUGAUUUUGAUAGAACUUAUGGUUCAACAGGAGAAUUUGGAAAUAAAAUUUGGAUUCAUAGUGAUUGUUUGUAUGAACAAAUUCAAAGUUCUUUUAAUACUAGUCAUGUCUGUCUAUCAGCUUACAAUAUCAUACCACUUGGAUUAAACGACAAAAAACAAUUAAUCUUGAUAACUUAUCAUGUUAUAACGAAAACAUAUUAUUGUUGGAUAUUCAAGGAAAUGAAACACAACAACGUUCAAAGAUAUUUAGUUUUUCUUUUCGAUACACCACAAUGUCAGUAUCAUCGACUUCCUUCAGGUGAUAUUCAAGUUAAUGAAGAAGGAGCAAUAGCUCAUAUCAGUCUAACAUCAGCUACUUGUAUAAAUUGCGCACUUAGGUCUGAUCAAUAUUCUAAAGAAUAUUCCAAUAGAAAAGAGUUACGAAAAUCAAAUGUAUUACGUAUACAAACUAAUCCACUUAAACAACAACGUCAAUCACAACGUGCACUACGUCAAAGUAUACAACAGAAUUCAAAAAAUAUCAGUUGGAAAAAUCAAAUAGAUUUAUGUACAGUUUUCAUAUCUACUUGUCUUUCAUUUUUGAUUUAUUCUUUAAUAAAUGAAUGA